AUGCUCAUCAAUAGCUUGAGCUUCUUCAGGAGUCACUGGACAGUCUGGAGUGUGCUUGGAGUAACCUACAGGCAGAUCAAAUGGCUGCAGCCCUACAUAGUGUAUAGUCUCGUGGUUAACCUGUUGGUAACCGUUUGGUAUCCGCUACAUCUGGGCUUAAUGCUCUUUAAAAACGCCAGCCUAACGGAUGAUAUCUUGAACCUAACGACAUUUGCCACCUGCUUGGCCUGCUCGCUAAAGUUUUCGAUUUACGCUUAUAACUUUGACAAGGUCCAGCAAAUGGAGCACCUGUUAAGCCAACUGGACUUGCGAGUCAAGAGUGCGGCAGAAAAAGCCAUCUACAGUCAGUUAAGAACCCAGCUGAGAAACAUUCUGUUCGUCUUUAUUGGAAUUUAUCUGCCUGUGGGUGUUUUUGCCGAAUUGGCAUUUAUUUUCAAGGAUGAGCCUGCUCUCAUGUAUCCGGCCUGGUUUCCAUUCGAUUGUGUCAAUUCCACACGAAACUUCUACAUUGCCCACGUUUAUCAGAUUGUCGGAAUUGGUUACCAAUUGAUGCAGAACUAUGUGAGUGAUUGUUUUCCGGCCGUAGUCCUAUGUCUGAUCUCGGCUCACAUAAAAAUGCUCUACGUGCGCUUCGAGCAGGUGGGCGUGGAUGAUGCCGAGGACGCUGAGUAUCAGCUGGAGGCAUGCAUAACCGAUCACAAGCGUUUGUUGGAACUUUUUCAGACAAUCGAGUCCUUCAUGUCGCUACCCAUGCUCAUUCAGUUCGCUGUGACUGGGCUAAACGUCUGUAUUAGCAUUGCGGGGCUUCUCUUUUUUGUGACCGAGCCUAUGACUCGAGCAUAUUUCUUCUUCUACGCAAUGUCCAUGCCGCUGGAAAUCUUUCCCAUCUGCUACUACGGCACAGACAGUGAGCUCUGGUUUGGAAAUCUGCACUAUUCGGCAUUCAGCUGCAAUUGGACAUCGCAGCAUCGGGGAUUUAAGAAAAAGCUGAUGCUGUUUGUGGAGCGCUCCCUGAAAGGGAGCACUGCGCUCGCUGGUGGCAUGCUACGCAUUCAUGUGGACACAUUUUUCUCAACUCUCAAAUUCGCCUACUCGCUCUUCACCAUCAUAAUACGCAUGCGAAAAUAAAUGUU